AUGAAAUAUGUUGCCCCAGAAGAAAUUUUACUUGGAUAUAAUCAAUCAGGAAAACCAGAUACCAUGCAAUAUAUUCCAAUCUUGGAGUCAUUAAAACUGCUUCUUGAGCAUGAAGAUGUUCUCUCUGAAUUACUCUCGCAUAAACAAUCUCAAGAUGGCAUAAUACGGGAUUAUUGUGAUGGAUAUGUAUACAGAAGGAAUCCAUUAUUUAUAAGGUAUCCAACAGCCCUGCAAAUUAAAUAUUAUUAUGAUGAUUUUACGUUGAAUAACCAGUUCCGAGACAGGGGACGGAAAUAUAAAAUUUCAGGUCACUAUUUUGUUCUUGGUAAUUUAGAUGCGAAGUACAGAUCAAAACUUGAUAUGAUGCAAUUGGUGAUGCUUUGUCGAUCUUCUCAUGUAAAAAAGUAUGGAGCUGAACAGAUUCUUCAACCACUGAUAAGAGAUAUUCAUAUUCUAGAGACAGAAGGAAUAACUGUCCAACUUGAUGGAAAUGAGUAUCAUUUCUAUGGCACAAUUUCAUUUGUGGCUUCAGACAAUUUAGGUGCUCAUUUCAUGGCAGGCAUGUUUGAAAAUUUUUCAACCGUACUAAGGCAGUGCAGAUUUUGCAAUUCCACAAAACACAAUAUGCAUAAUAAUUAUGAUGAAGGUACAUUUCAGUCAAGAGCUAACAAGGAAAUCUGGAAUACACAGGCUGAAGCUGGCACUGAUAAUAUGGAUUUUGCUCGUGUUUAUGGAAUAAAAAGGCACUCUCCUCUUAACCAAUUGAGCUAUUAUCAUGUGUCUCAAGGGUUACCAUCUGAUGCAUCUCAUGACCUUUUUGAGGGCGUAAUUCCUAUUAUUCUACAGACUUUGUUUGGACGCUUUGUGGACCAAGGACAUUUUACCUAUGCAGAAUUGAGCAUAGGUGUUGCCAGGUUUAAAUAUGUUGAGGUUGAUAAAAAAAAUGCUAUCCCUAUUCUCGGCUCCACCGCAGGCACCAUGAAAAUUAAAUUCACACAAGCUCAAACUUGGUGCUUUCUACGAUUGCUUCCUUUGAUGAUAGGGUCAUUGAUACCAUUUGGAAAUGGAGAUUGGGAUUUCUUGCUAUCUGACAUUUUUGACCUCAGCCACAAUUAUUGUUCCUAUUUUGUUCUUAAUUUUUAA